CGGCUAGCGAGUCUCCCCGACGCAUCAGCCUAGAGCCAAGGGCCAGUGCUUGUGCGCGCAACUAGGCCAUGGGCAAGGCGCCAAGCCCGCAGCCUCGAGAUAGGCCCAACAGGUUUUUCUGCCUUGCCCGGUGAGAUAGGACAUUGCCCAGGCCGCCUCGCCGCUGCCAGGCUGCCAGGCCACCGAAACUCGGGCCUCAAGAAAAAGGCCAUCAAUUGCGAUAUCGCCUCCAUCAAUCUUACACCUCUAAACCAACAACAUGGGCUGGGUCUCGCGGGCCAACAUCGCUGUGGCACAGUCGGCUGUGGGCCGUUACUUCCGCCUCCAAGGCUCGGGCCACAGGAAGGAGCGCAAGAACACGUUCUUCUUCACCGAGAUUCGCGCGGGUCUCGCCACCUUCUUCGCGAUGGCUUACAUCAUCUCGGUCAACGCCUCCAUCGUCUCCCAGUCGGGCGGUACGUGCAAGUGCCCCGCGGAGUCCAUGUUCGACCUGUGCGACACCAACGCAGAGUACAUGCAGUGUGUGCAGGAGAUUAGGCGCGACAUGGUGACGGCUACGGCCGCGAUUGCCGCCCUCUCGACCUUCUGCAUGGGUCUGUUCGCCAACAUGCCGAUUGGUGUCGCGCCGGGCAUGGGUCUCAAUGCCUACUUUGCUUUCACCGUGGUUGGAUAUCACGGAUCUGGUCUUGUGCCGUACGAGAUUGCGCUCGCGGCCGUGUUCGUUGAGGGCUUCGUUUUCGUUGGCCUCACCCUCCUCGGUAUCCGCCAGUGGCUUGCACGUGCCAUCCCCGCCUCCAUCAAGCUCGCGACUGCCGUUGGCAUUGGGCUGUACCUCACCCUUAUCGGCCUGACGUACUCCGCCGGUAUCGGCGCCGUGACCGGCGCGACCGCCGUGCCAAUGGAGCUUGCUGGCUGCCACCCGGCGCUCAAGGACCCCGCAACCGGUCUCUGCCCCCCGUCUGACAAGAUGAGGAAUCCCACCAUGUGGAUCGGUAUCUUCUGCGGCGGUGUCUUCACCGUGUUUUUGAUGAUGUUCCGCGUCAAGGGCGCAAUCAUCUGUGGCAUCCUUCUCGUCUCGAUCAUCUCGUGGCCUCGUUCGACCCCUGUCACUUACUUCCCCAACACCCCCCUGGGUGACGAUGCGUUCAACUUCUUCAAGAAGGUUGUCACCUUUACGCCCAUCAAGCGCACGCUCAACGUUAUUGACUUCAACGUCUCCGAGUACGGCGGCCAGUUCGGACUUGCUUUCAUCUCGUUCCUCUAUGUCGACAUUCUCGACGCGACUGGCACCCUGUACUCGAUGGCGCGCUUCGGUGGGUUCCUGAACCCCAAAACUCAGGACUUUGAGAACUCGUCGAUUGCGUACUGCGUCGACGCGCUCGGUAUCUCGAUCGGCUCGCUCUUCGGCGCGCCCCCCGUCACCGCCUACAUUGAGUCGGGUGCUGGUAUCGCCGAGGGCGGCCGCACUGGUCUCACGGCAAUUGUCACGGGCCUGUGCUUCUUCAUCUCGGUCUUCUUUGCUCCCAUCUUUGCCUCGAUCCCUCCCUGGGCGACAGGAUGUACCCUCAUCAUCGUCGGCGCCCAGAUGGCCGCCGAAGCCCGCUACAUCAACUGGAAGUACCUCGGCGACUCGAUCCCGGCGUUCCUCACCAUCGCCAUCAUGCCCUUCACAUACUCGAUCGCGUACGGCCUUAUCGCCGGUAUCUGCUCGUACAUCCUUCUUAACACCGCUGUCUGGCUGCUCGAGAAGGCGAGCCGCGGCAAGAUCUCGCCUCCCAACAAGGAGGACAAGGAGCCGUGGACGUACAAGAUUGAGGGCGGCUUCUUCCCGCCCUGGGCGUACCGCCUUAGCCGCGGCAAGAAGGACUUCUGGCGCGAGGACGAGUCUGAGUUUGAGACAGAGGGCGAGGGGGACCUCACCCCCGUCGACAGCCCGCAUACCCGCGCCAUCGAGGAGAAGGCGUAUGAGGCGGGCGAGCCGGAGCCCAAGGCUGCCUCCAAGCUUGAGGUUUAGAUGGCCUACCUCGGCCGAGAUAGGGUCAGAAUAUGUCUGGCCAUGCGCACUCUUUUAUUUACAUCUAGGUAAUGCAAUGAUAUUUAGCAUAUUGAGAG